AUGACGGUGACCCUUUCCGCAGAGAGUGCGGCGGCUAUGUCCAACAUACAUGAAGUUGAUGUUUGGGACGUUGGUCCAACCAUGGUUCGUGGCCAGGGAGGCAAGGCAAAAUCUUUGUUGGAGAAGAAGGCCUUGAAGCCAGCCGGACCGAGAAUUCGGGUGUCAAGGUUUUCUGUUCGCUGUCGUCAGAAGCGUGGGGCCAAGGAGAAGAAAACAAAGGCCGAGGCAGUAGCCGCAACUUGUCCAGAGAAACCCGAUGCUUCACACUACCGGAGGUCCUCGCUGCUUGGGAAGAUGGCGAUACAGGUGCAGCUGAAGCGCCUCUACAGCAUCCACCAGAAGAGCUUUCCAUCAUCUCCCAUCUUUGACGUCGCUGGCCGUUGCCGCAUGACAUUCGAGGGUGCUUCCACCAUGACGUGGAAAGAGAUUUGUGAAGAAGCGCCAGAAUGCAUCAGCACUCUGUACAAGAACAUGAGAGGGCGAGUUGCAUUUGGCGAGGCAGUUCACAAGCUGUUCACCACCAUUGAGCAGCAGUUUGGCCGUACUCCGCCCACCCGUGCCGGCUUUCUCCACUUGGUCAAGGAGGUGUCGGACUUCAUCCGUAGCAAGAAGGCUGCCCCCGUGGAGUGA